ACUCGUGUGUGCUCAAGUUUUUCCGUCUACACGCCGUUUGAACUGAAAUUUUUUUCCCACUUUCGUGGCGCGAGCGCGGGAAAAGUGACGCUCGCAUAUUAUAUGAAGUUUUUUUUUAUUUCCUUUCUUUUCGUGUACUUCGGGAAGGAGAAGCGGGGAGAGAUAAAAAAGAGAGAAAAAGAAAGGAAGUCUGCGAUCUCUCAGACGGAUCCUCUGUGCGUCGACGGAUUUUUUGCUAUUAAUACGGAUCCAUUCUUCACGGUUUUUUUUUUACUUAUUUUUAGAGUAAAAUUAUCAGCUAUGGCCGAGGGAAAUGGGGAACUCAAAAUGGAAGAAAAGCAGUCUAAGGAGGAAAUGGAGUACGUCGAAAGAACGGAGGAUUUCGCGAAACUCAUACAGUAUGGACUCGAUGAAAAAGUGGCUGCUAAACUAGAUGAAAUUUACAAAACUGGGAAACUCGCCCAUGUUGAUCUCGAUGAAAGAGCCCUGGAUGCCCUGAGGGAAUUUCCUGUUGACGGAGCGUUAAAUGUUCUCACGCAAUUUUUGGAAUCUAAUUUGGAACAUGUGUCCAACAAAUCGGCGUAUCUUUGCGGAGUUAUGAAGACCUACAGACAAAAAAGCAGGGCAGGCCAGGGAACGGGCACUAGUACAACGCCUAAAGCUCCGGAUGAAGACAAAAUUAAAAUGAUACUCGAGAGAACCGGAUAUCCACUCGAUGUGACCACUGGACAACGAAAAUACGGUGGCCCGCCUCCAAAUUGGGAGGGCCCAACUCCAGGAAAUGGUUGUGAGGUAUUUUGUGGGAAGAUACCUAAAGACAUGUAUGAAGAUGAAUUGAUUCCGCUUUUUGAAAAAUGCGGUAAAAUAUGGGAUUUGAGGCUUAUGAUGGAUCCCAUGUCCGGUACCAACAGAGGAUAUGCCUUCAUUACAUUUACUAAUCGAGAUGCCGCACAACAAGCUGUCAGAGAGCUCGAUAAUUACGAAAUAAAACCCGGCAAGAGUCUGAAAGUAAACAUUAGCGUUCCUAAUCUACGACUUUUCGUCGGGAACAUACCAAAGUCAAAAGGCAAAGAGGAGAUCUUGGACGAAUUUGGUAAUUUAACAGCUGGCUUGACCGAGGUGAUUAUCUACAGCUCGCCAGAUGACAAAAAGAAGAAUAGGGGAUUCUGUUUUUUGGAAUAUGAAUCCCAUAAAUCAGCUUCUCUGGCGAAAAGAAGACUCAGCACAGGUCGCAUCAAGGUCUGGGGCUGUGAUAUUAUAGUUGACUGGGCUGAUCCUCAAGAGGAACCUGAUGAACAAACUAUGGCUAAAGUAAGAGUGCUGUAUGUAAGGAACCUAACGCAAGAUUGUUCUGAAGAAAAACUGAAAGAAUGUUUCGAAGAAUUCGGUAAAAUCGACAGGGUGAAGAAAAUCAAGGACUACGCAUUUGUACAUUUUGAAGACAGAGAUCAUGCAGUCAAGGCAAUGCGAGAACUUAACGGUAAGGAAAUAGGCGGUUCUCACAUAGAAGUAGCAUUGGCGAAACCACCAUUUGAUAAAAAGAAAAAAGAAGAUAUGUUACGAGCUCGGGAAAGAAGAAUGAUGCAAAUGUUACAAGGCCGUGGAGGAGGCUCACCAUCGCAUCCUAGUAUGAUAAGCGGACCCAUGCCAGUACGAGGAUCCGGACAAAGUGGCGGUCCUCGAGGCACUUCGGGCAGUAUGAGACCACCUAUGGGUCGCGGUGACUACAAUUAUGAUUACGACUAUUACGGUUAUGGGGAUUAUCGAGGUGGCUACAGUGAUCCAUAUUACGAUGACUAUUAUCGAUACGAAGAUUACUAUUUCGAUUAUGCGCCGCCUCCGCCGCCUGCCAGAGGGAGGGGCAGGCAGCCUCAACCGGUGGGUCGCCUUUUUUAA